AUGACGAUGAACGUGAUGAUUUCCGAGAGCGGAGUCCAAGUCGAAAGGGGCAAGGACGUCGGUUAUCUUUGCAAAUUCUGUAGCUGGACGGGCCGCAGUGAAAGUACUCGACUGAUGGACAUGGUCGAGCUGGCAAGACAUGGCCAAAGAGAACAUCGUUUUCUCGGUGCUCAGUUGCAGGAGUUGUUAGAGUCAUCGCCUAUGAUAUCGCGAAAGCUUCCUGAAGCUGGACAUACAAACAGUCAAGUAGCUGAAAUCAUUUAUGGCCACACCACUCGUCAGCCAGAUCAUUGUCAAGCUCCAAUCGAUAUUCAAACCGCCACAGCGAAGUUAGCUUCUGAAAACACAACGAGCUCUGGGUCGCCCUUUGUGAAUAUGGCUCCAGUGCCGUCCACGAAUUUCCAACUUUUGUCUAAAAUGGUGUCAACUUCGGCCAAGAUCAUGAUAAAGGAUAGAGCAUCCACUGUGAUCGCCAAUUCACCGAGUUUACCAAUGGAGCCGACUGCAAGCAUCUACCAGUCUUUGAGCGCUGGAUCAUUCACUCGAACCGCACCGACGGAGCUUGGAUUCUCGACUAUCAACAAGCGGCCAUACUUGCGCUUCGCAGUUGAGAGCCUUCUGCCACAAACACCUUCUGAGGAGGACUUGGAAUCCACCCAGAAAGUGACUGCCGACACAAACUCAGCAGUUGUCAGCAAACAAACUAACGUACGACCUCAGUUCCGUACCGUACCACACGAUUUCGAUUACGCAGACAUGAACGACCAGCAACCAAGUCAGGCUUCGGGCUGCGAGUCGCAUCUCAACCCAGUGUCUGAGAGAACAUCGAGCUCCGCGCCCUGUCCAACCGCAAAAGAACCCAGCCUCAAGACUAGCCGAACUGCCGAAAAUACCCAACCACAUUCCACUGCAGACGCAGAGAGUCGCAAGCGUAAACGUUCGGAGGACUCCCUUGACCAGCCGCCUAGCCAACGACAGGUUGGUCGUCCAGUGAGUAGAGUGAGUGCUACGCCCGAAGCCCCGCCCAGAGUUAUCAAGGACAUCAAUCCGGCUCCGACUGAUUUAGAAUACCGAGAAUGGUUUGAAAGACACUUUCCAAACUCAACCCUACCUACACUUGAUUACGAUGGAUUGAAGUCGCAAUUCAGAAGUUCAAGGAGCAAGGAUACUUUCAUGCUUCGUAUUUUCUGCCGUUACCUGGAAAGUCAUCAGAAACGACUGUACCAAGUACAUGCGUUCAUUCGUGCAAAGCAAGAUCCAGACUGGAUUAAGCAUGCACCACCUAACCAGCUCACUACUAUCAUCAAAAUUCAUCAGACUGAAUGUGUAUCACUGGCCUUUCAGCGAAUCGUCCAAGAGUAUGCAGUGGAGGUCCACGCCCAAGAACGUAAGGAGGAGGAAGCAACAUCGAAGAAAAACAUGCAGCAGAGUUCAAGUCAGACAACGGGACUCUUAAAUCAGCAUGACAGGCAAGGGUAUCUUUUAAAAGAGGCUCUAAAAAACGCAGAUUCACCACCAUUGUGGUUUAACGACCCAUUUCCUCAAGCUUCAGGCGUCCAGGCUAAGGCUGUGGAACAACUCAACCAGAAUGACAACCCACCCAAAAAAUGGCAAGAGGCCAGAGACGCGCUGAUAGCUGAGAUGGAGAAAGAAGCAGGCCCUGUCAAAAAGAGCUCAUCAUCCUCUUUCGAGUCCUCUUUUGGCCUGGUUUGA